AUGCUCCUGGCACCGGGAGACGCUCCCGCCCGGCCCGUGACGCUCCGCUCCGCUCCGCUCCGCUCCGCAGAGAUCAAGGCGACCGUGGUGUACCCGGCCACGGAGAAGCACCUGCGCAAGUACCUGCGGCAGCCCGUGCACCUGGUGCGCGAGAGCGCCGACGACUACGAGCGCAUCACGCUGCCCUUCGUGCGCGCCCAGGCGCUCAGCCUCCAGUGGGUCUACAACAUCCUGGAGAAGAAGGCGGAGGCCGAGCGCAUCGUCUACGAGAACCCGGACCCGCAGGACGGCUUCGUGCUCCUGCCCGACCUCAAGUGGAACCAGAGCCAGCUGGACGACCUCUACCUGAUCGCCCUGGUGCGCCGGCGGGACCUCAUGUCGCUGCGGGACGUCACGGCCGAGCACCUGCCGCUGCUGCGCAACAUCCUGCGCGAGGGGCAGGCCGCCAUCGCCGGGCGCUUCGGCGUGGCCGCCUCGCAGCUGCGCGUCUACCUGCACUACCCGCCCUCCUACUACCACCUGCACGUGCACUUCACGGCGCUGGGCCACGAGGCGCCGGGCUGCGCCGUGGAGCGCGCCCACCUGCUCGCCGACGUGCUGGACAACGUGGCGCGCGACGGGCGCCACUACCAGCGGCGGGCGCUCGCCUGCGCCCUGCGCGACGACGAGCCGCUGCUGCGCCUCUUCCGCGAGGCCGGCCGCCUCUGAGCGC